AUGGACCUUCACGUGCGUCUCACCUGGCUGCUUCUGCUGAGCACCACUCUCCUGUCUGAACCAGCGAGUGGAACCUGGUGGAACCGGCCAGAUGGAGACCCAAACUCACUAUGGAGCAAAUUUUCCAACUGGAUUAAAGAGAAAUUCCAGCAGAAAGCUCCACCACAGCUGAGGCUGGAAUCUGGAGGGGACCGCUGCGCCGGGAGGGUGGAAGUUUAUCACGACGGAAAGUGGGGCGCAGUCUGCGACGAUUAUUUCAACAUGAAGAGCGCCAACGUUGUGUGCAGACAGCUUCAAUGUGGCCAAGCUGUCUCUGUCCUGGGGCUGUCUUACUACGGCCCCAGUGGGAAAAUCAUCCACUUGGAUGACGUGCAGUGUAAAGGAACGGAAUCCCACCUUUGGGACUGCCGGCACGCCGGCUGGGGCAAGCACAACUGCGGACUCAAUGAGGAUGUCGGUGUCAUCUGCUCAGAUGCACUGCGCUCCACAGUUGCACCGACAGGCUCCUCCCCUGCUCCCAGCUCAGCCCCAGCGCAGACUGAGACAUCUCCUGCUCCAGAGACCGUGGCAACCCCCAAGGAAGAUGUGUCUUCUGCACCCACUACUGUCACAGAGGAAAUCAUCACAUCAGCUCCUGAAAUCCCAACCACAGCUGCUGAAGCCUCCCCUAGCACAACUGCCUCCCUCCCUUCCACCACCACCACAGAGGAGAGCAGGACACCAGAGAUCCCGACUACACCACAGGCAGCCUCCGAAAACACUUCGGAAUCAAACUUGUUACCUGCUGCAUUUGUAGACGUGACAACCUCAGCUGCAGAAACCCUUUCCACGCUGGCUGAAGCUUCAACAGACUAUUCUGUCACAGAAACAGAGAAUUUGAGCACUUUUGCCCCAGCCAUGGGCAGCACUGAACCAUCAACAGCUCCAGCACCACUGUCUACAGUGAGGGAAGCAACAGUCACUCCUACUGCCGAGCCUGAAGAUGUAACCACAUCAACAGCCACCACAGCAGCAGACAUCACCACUACACCUGCAGAAGACACAACACCUGGAGCAGCAGCCACGACCGAGCUCACAACAGCUGAAAACCCAGCGACAAGCUCACCCGCUCCAUCAGUCCCUCCAACUCCUGAAACAACAACCAUUGCCACGACAGACCUUACUCCCUUGUCUGACUCCGUGAGGCUGAGGCUGCUGGCAUACCUGAACAGCGUGUGCCAGCCAAGGAGACCUGGGAUGCCAAGAGUAACACUGGAAGGGUGUGAAAGGGACCCAACCUGUGGGAAUCACCCCUCAUCAGGCCAGAGGCUUCUCCAGUUCCCUUACCGAGCUGCUGUACAACCCAGAACUUGUGUACGGUGCAAAGUGUCGGGAUGCAAGCUACGACCUCCUCCUCUCCGACCUUUCCCCGGGAACAGGUUCCCUCCUCUCCGACCUUUCCCCGGGAACAGGUUCCCUCCUCUCCGACCCUUCCCCGGGAACAGGUUCCCUCCUCUCCGACCUUUCCCCGGGAACAGGUUCCCUCCUCUCCGACCCUUCCCCGGGAACAGAGGCCCUUAUUUCCCAGGCUUCCCAAGCUUUAGAAGAGCCAAGAGAAGCGCAAGUGACAAGGUCAUUAUCAUUAUCCGCCGGUAAUGAUGCUUCUGCCCACGGCAUUGCAUUGACCACCUCUAGACCCCUUCCUUGUGCUCCAAGAUCUGCUGCUGAUUUCUAAAACUAUGCUAGGGGGUGUAAAUCUAAAGGUAUUUAAUCUUAACUGGACUCGGGUUCCUUAAUUUCAGGUCUUUUGGAUCUGUACAGAGGAUCUGAAGCCUAAACUUGAGUAAAUACUCUCAGUGACAAAAAUAAUUGGAUCACCUGCCUGUGUUUUCUCAUCAAGACUUUGUUUCCCCCUCAACGUUCCUUCAGUUCUAAUCGUGCUCAGUUCGUACAAAACUCCACCGCACUCAUAACCCUGUGCUCUGCUUCUCCCAGGGGAUGAUUUAGAGGGCAUUUGGUUCUGCUGGACACAGCACUGAUUGGCAGGGAUCCAUGCCAGCUCACACAUUCACAGCCAGUCACAAAAGGGAUGUUAACAUUUGAAAACUCCUUGCAAGUACGUGUGUGGGUUUAAGAAACAAAAGGCUACACAAAGUAGAUGCAAAUUUAGCAUUUCCAGAAGCCAAAGGGAAUUCAAAUGCUGUGCAACAUCUUUAAACAUGCACUCAAUGCCUCCACACUCAAAGACAGUGAAAAUACAUUUCAGGAUGAAGAGACAGUUGCAUUCAAAAUUCUUAAAAGUGAGAUAAAAAUCAGAGAAAGUUGUUUUAAAGAAGGCAGAGGUUUGAGAUUAGAAAUGCAACAUCAUUACAGAUGCAUUAUGUAUCAGUUUGCUUACAAAGCAAACUGAUUUUGUCUGCAAAGUGGUUGCAGUGCAAUCUUCUUUUAAUCUGUGACAAACAUGAACCAGGAGGUAGAAAAGUCCGAAAAACCAAAGCCUGCCCUCCCCAGCUGCCCUAAAAAUGCAGCUGCUCAGACAGUUCCUCCUCCUGCCUCUCUCUGAAGGCAACUCAAUAGAAAUCACAGGUAUGGAAAUCUGUUUAUCUGUGACAUUUUACUGACUUCUGCACAACAGGUCUUAUAUAGGCAACUGAAGGGCAAAAUGUUAAACAUCUCUAGAAGUGAAUCUUAUUUUAGUACUUCCUGGAGAAGAAAAUAUCAGGCAGAACAAAAAGAUACUGGCUUGUACAUGCUUAUGCUGCUUUUGAGUGAACACUUGCUUGCCACAUCAAGAGCUUUUGCCAAAAAUGUUUGUGCACCCAACUGAGGGGUUUACUAUGAAGGCCUUACCUAAAUGGUGCACCCCAGAAUCCAAGAGCAACAAACUGAAUGGAGUUUGAAACUCCACAGUGUCACAGAGGAGGGAUUGGGAGUCACAUUCCUACCUCCCCAAAUGACAGCAAAACUGAUCCCAACGGGUUAAAGGAAGUGUGAUGCAGUAAGGAAAACUGCUCUGGUCUUCUGGAGCUACCCCAGCACUUCCAGUCUGGGAAAAACAUCCGCUGGAGAGGAACCAUGAACCAAGCACUUGCACUCCUUAGGAUCAUAAAACCCAGAUAAAGUUUGCUGAGG